GAGACAAUAGAGCAAGGAAAAUAGUUCAAAUAAAAAUGAUGGAAGUAGAGACUUCAAGCAAAAAUGGAGGAAUUCCUAAUGACUGUGAUUUCAUUACUACCAUGUUUUCCUGGUCUCUUGAGGACAUUUACAAUGACCAACUUUUCAAGGUGGCAGCAAUUCCAGAUUUGUUUGAAUCGGUUGAGCAUUAUUUUUCAUCAUAUGUACUUCCCUUAUUGGAGGAAACACGGGCACGGCUGCAUUCAAGUAUGGAGAUUAUUUCCAAAGCACCAACAUCUGAAGUUAUUUCAUUGUCUCGGAGCAGGCGUAAUCAAACAUUGUUUUAUGAUAUUAAGAUUGAUUAUUGGAGAAAUGGUUUCAGUGAUCGCCGCAAGGAGUUUUACAAAACAUUGCCUGGAGAUGUUGUUCUUCUGGCAGACAUUAAACCUGAAACCGUUUCUGAUUUGCAAAGGGCGGGAAGGACAUGGACUUUAGCUCUGGUCACCAAUAUACCAGAGGAUGAGAUUGAGGAUGCUAGUGCAUCAUCUACUCGUUUUAAAGUCAGGCCAUCAAAGGACAUUGGAGUUAUUGAUGAAAUGCAGAAAUCUUUUGUUGUGAUUUUCUUGACAAAUAUGACCACUAACAGAAGAAUAUGGAAUAGAUUGCACACAUUUGGAAAUUUGGAUAUCAUUAAGGAAGUUCUGUGCCUUAAUUCAAUGGUUGAGGAAAAUUGCAGCCUCUGUUCCAUGCAGAACAAUGGAACCUGGGAUGAAAAUAUGGUUAUGAAUCUAUCAUCUACAUUGAAUGAAUCUCAAACUGAGGCAAUUUUGGCUUGUCUUUGUAGAACGCAGUGCAAUCACAGGUCUGCUGUGGAACUUAUUUGGGGCCCUCCAGGGACAGGGAAAACUAAAACCAUUAGAAAUAUUCUUUUAUUCGGGCAUAAAGACAGGCUCAAAGUCAACUCAGAUAUUGAAGACAUAUAUUUGGAUUAUCGUGUUAAGAGGCUUACAGAGUGCUUUGCACCUUCGACUGGUGGGCGGUACUGUUUCACUGCGACAAAAAUUUUUUUUGAAGAUUGUGUUUGUCAGUACUAUAUUUUCUUGGAAAAUGAAUUGAUCAAAGAGCAGGAUUAUGAUCAGGAAAAUAAGAAAAAAGAUGAAAGUUGCAGUAAUGGGGCUGAUGUUUGCAGUGGAAAGCAUAAAUCAUUUCUUGAAUUCAUGAGAGAAAGAUUCUGCUCUACUGUAUCACAACUGAAAAGAUGUGUGUCCUUACUUUAUGCACUCCAUAUACCUGAAAGCUACAUUCUGAAACAUAAUAUUCCAAAGUGUAAAAACCUCUAG